ACGUGUUUGACGUGCGACGCAGUCGACAGAGGAGGACGCGUGCUGUCUGAACCAGGACCCGGAGCCGCUUAGAUCCAGUUUUCGGUCCAUUUAAAUCCGUUGUGAUGGGGGACACGAGCCGGCUGUGCUCCGUGUGGCUCGGCUCGGAGACCGGGAUCCUGAAGGGGGUCAGUCUGUCCCGGAAACAGGCCUUUAACUUCUGCAACACGAGCCACCUGAGCCGGGACCAGGAGGUCCGCGCGCUGUGCUGGGGGGACCCGGCGGAGAGCGAGCUGCUGGUCGGGUCCGUGGACGGAACCGUGAAGACCUUCAGCACCGAGAAGGGGGCCUUCACGGAGACCCGGCGCUGCGGGGACCCCGCAGAGGGCCCCUUCACCGGGCUGGCCGCGCUCCCCGGGGCCGCGCUGGUCACCUGCGGGGAGUGCGGGACGCUGCGGGUGUGGAGGGAGGACAGCAGCGAGCCCGUCACGGAGCUGGACGCGGGGAAGAACGUGUGCCGGAUGCGGCAGAGUCCGGGGAGCCCGCACCGGGUCGCGACCGGCGGGAAGGAGAACGGGCUGAAGAUCUGGGACCUGGAGAAACCCGAGAAACCCGUGUUCACCGCAAAGAACCUGCGGGACGACUGGCUGGAUCUACGGCGGCCGCAGUGGGUCCGAGACGUGGCCUUCAUCCCGGACUCGGACAAAGUGGUCACGUGCACAGGUUACCAUCAGGUCCACGUGUUCGACCCCUCCAGUCCUCAGCGGCGUCCCGUCCUGGAGGUCGAGUACGGCGAGUACCCGCUCACCGCUCUGUCCCUGCCCGCCGGAGGUAACACGGUGGUGGUGGGAAACACCCACGGCCAGAUCGCCCUGCUGGACCUGAGGAAAGGCGUGGUCCGCGGCUGCCUGAAGGGGCUGGCGGGCGGCGUGAGGGCGCUGCAGUGUCACCCCUCCCAGCCCCUGGUGGCGUCCUGUGGCCUGGACCGCUUCCUGCGCAUCCACAGCCUGGAGGACCGCAAGCUGCAGCACAAAGUCUACCUCAAGUCCCGCCUCAACUGCCUCCUGCUCGCCAGCAGAGACCUGGAGGAGGGAGGGGGGGCGGCGGCGGCGGGGGAGGAUCAGGGGGUGAAGGAGGAAGAGGAGGAGGGAGGCGACGAGGUGUGGGACGCCAUGGAGCGGGUGGAGGAGAAGACGAAGAGGAAGACGACAGAGGAGGAGGAAGAACCGCAGAAGAAGAGCAAGAAGAAGAAGAAGAAGGGACAGGACUGAGGGGCGUUCGAGGUGCCAUCAGAGUGUGGGACACUUUAUGUUUGUUCUUUAUGUUGAGCUUCAUUAAAACAGCUCGUUAUUAAGUGCC